AUGUUUGCUGAGUAUCACAUGGAGUUAAACAGUUACAGGUUCGGUUUGGACAUAAGAUAUGCAUCUAAACUGUUCUUGAAAAUGGUUAAACUCGGCGAAUGUACAACAUUGGGAGGUAGGGAGUUCCAAAUGAAACAUACUCGGACCGCAAAAAAGUUCCGUCGACAGUUCACCCUCGAUACAACUCACGACCUACGAAUCCGAUCGAUGGGAACAGCCUUGGAGAGCACGAAAAGUGCAUCCGGAUAUACGGGAGAGACCACGACGUUUGCUUCAAACUCCAAUGUUCCACAAGGAUGUCCAGUUUCACUGACACCUUCCAGUAAUGACUCUCAAGCGACUUCUCUGGAAUAUCCGUAA